CCAAACAAUACACACAAAACUUCCAAAGUUCCAAUGGUUUCACACUUUGUAUUUUUAGCAUGUCUUGCUAUAACAGCUGCCAUUGCUUUAGCAUCUGACCCAAGUUCUCUUCAGGAUUUCUGUGUGGCUUUUAUCUCUACUACAGCUGCAGUGAAUGGACUUAUCUGCAAGGACCCUAAUCUUGUUGACGCCAAUGACUUCUUCUACAGUGGACUAGACAUACCAGGCAACACCACUAACGUAUUCGGCUCACGAGUGACCUCCAUUAGGGCGAACCAAAUUCCAGGACUCAACACCUUUGGCAUCUCCAUUGCACGCAUCGAUUUUUCUGCAUGGGGUGUAAAUCCUCCCCAUACACACCCUCGUGCUACCGAAAUCUUGACAGUCCUUGAAGGAAGCCUCCAAGUUGGUUUUAUCACCUCCAACCCCGAAAACCGUCUCAUCACAAAAAUACUUCAGGCAGGUGAUGUGUUUGUGUUCCCGGAAGGUCUUGUGCAUUUCCAAUAUAAUGUUGGAUAUACUAUUGCAGUUGCCUAUUCAGCUUUCAGCAGCCAAAAUCCAGGAACUAUUACCCUUGCCAACACAGUAUUCGGAGCAAGGCCUCACAUCUCUAGUGACAUUCUUACAAAGGCUUUUCAAGUAGACAAGGAAGCAAUAUAUGCUAUACAGUCAAGGUUUUAG